AGCAAAAGCUGUCUGCUCUCCUGUCCGGUUUCCGUUCUCUUUGUUUACCGACAUCCAUGCGGUGCGUGUUUGUGUUUUGGAGUCUUACUGCGUUGUGAAUUUUCUAGCCUUGUGCCCAAAUUCCUGAUUAAAUGGCAGGCAAAAAAUCAACCAAGUCUGCGAGUGAGAAACCAAAGAAGUUUUACCUCUUGUGGUUUCCGAAGACAAAUGAAGAAAAAUCUACGUUUGACGUAGUCAAACGUACGUCGGUGCCCAGUGGUUAUCGCGAGGUCGGCCGAAACACAAGACUACCCUAUGGGAAAGGAAAAGCACAGAAAUUUUAUGAUUGCAAGAUUGUUGGUGAGGGUGAUGAUGCAGUGGCACUUGGUUUUGCGAGAGUCAACGCAGAAAACGGCGAAUUAAUGCCACUGGAAGCCAAAUGCUAUCCAGAGCACAUUUUGGCUUCAAAGAGGCAGGUGGACCGGGAAGUGCGGGACAACAACAAAGCAUUGAAAGCUUCAAUCAAGCAUCAGGAUGCAUCUCUAUUAUCGCUCACCCCCGUGGUAAGUAUGGCUUCAACAAAACCAGUUUCCCCUAUUUUGUCUUCGUCUGAUGUUGCAGGAAGCAGUGAGCCAUUGGACGAGUCUCUGCCAGCCUCGUCAACCGAGUUAUCUGUGGGAGAUGUCAGCCAAGCGUUAUGGACAUCCGUACGUUAUAAUGUCACCAGCGAGGUGCAAAUAUUUCUGGAGGUUCUCAGUGAGGCAGCCAAAAGCUUAAGUGCUAAAAACUCAAAUGCAGGCUGGCUGCAUAGCAUCCUUCACAAUAUGUGUAAAUCUGCAGAAACCCAAAAAAAGGAUUUGCAAUUACCAAUGAUGUACCUCCAAAACAGUGAUGUGUGUCCUCACGACCUUUUUGGAAAUCAAACAAUUUUUGUGCCAGCCAUGGUUGGCCUGUUAAUUAAGACCGAAACUGAAGUAAAAGGAAACGGGUGGAAAGAUUAUGUGGCAGUGGUUCUCAACUAUCUUUAUGGAGACAAACUUGCAUUAUUGUCAGCAAAGGGGAAAAGAAACACAACAGGAAUUAACAAGAAACUGUAUAAAAGUCUUUAUGAGAAAUGCUUAGUAAGUGAUUUCCCUGAUCCCCCUGCUGGCAAAGAAGGCAUAAAGAGUUUCAACAGAUGUAUUAAUCUGUUGUCUCAACAUAAAAGGCAAGCGAAUGUCAAUGAAGAUCAUAAGAAGAACAGGAAGCGUGGUAAGGAGCUUGGAGAGAAUGAGGAGGUUGAGGAGGAGCAGCCUCAUGACAAAGUUGCAAGACAAGCUUCUCAAUCUAUUACUGAAGAAGCAACGCACUUCUCUCGACCUGUUGGAGAGGAAAAUGAACUGCAGCGAUGUGCCUCAAUGAGGGAAGCGGAGGAACUAUUACAGGAGGACCGCUUUCAUAACUAUUCUGUAGUUCACAAUGAAUCACCCCGCUCUGAUUGUAGAGAAAUUAGAGAUGGAGAAUAUAUAAUGCUGCAAACACCAUCAGCAGGACCCAGUACACAGAACCGGACAUUUAGAAAUAUAUUUUUGGAAGGAGCAGCAGAUAACAGGCAACGAGAACAAGAAGCAUACAGCCAGGAACAGGGGAAGCACUUCAAUAUACUUCAAAGUUCUCACAGCUUAAAUGAAUCAAAUGGCACAGUAGUUCAGGGACCGUAUGGCAGUCCAUUUCAGUUACACACACUUUCUACCUCUCGUCACUGUGCCCUACCAGGAGCAAUUAACGCACAAGUGCAGGGGCAGAUGGCACAACAUUCGCAAGCACCAUCCAAGUCACAGUCCAGGCCUUCAUCAUCAGGAUAUUAUACCUCCGAUGCCAUAGCAAAUGCCCUUCAGGUGCUAAGAGCAAAUGGCAUACCUGUGCCCAUUAGAUAGAUAGUAUUUCUGUUUUGUUUUUUUUCCAAUGUGUACUAUCAGCGCAGAAAAAAUUGAACCCCUCUGACGUCCAUUUUCCAAGCAGAAAGGGCUCCCUUCUUUCUGCGCUGAUAGUACAUGUUUUACAUUAUCUGGUAAAGUUAUUGUAGUUAUUGUAUAUUGUAUCAUAUUGUAUUGCAUUAGAAUUAUGUAAAG